AUGUGCUCCCUGCCCCGUGGCUUCGAGCCCCCAGUUCCUGAGGACAUGGGGCGGCAGAGUUUGGUGGAGCUGCGGGAGAGAUUGAGGCGCCAGGAGAGACUUUUGCGCAAAGAAAAAUUCAUUUGCAAAUUGCCCAACAAAGGUAAAAAGAUGUCAGACACCACUGCCAAACUGAAAGCUGCCAUUUCAGAAAGUGAAGAGGUCAGAGGGAGAACUGAACUACUUCAUCCUGUUAGUGUUGACUGUAAGCUAAGGCAUAAAGCAAACACAAGAGUUGAUACCGACAUAGACAAGGCCCAGAAUUCUGACCUGAUGCUUGAUACUUCAUCAUUAGUUCCUGAAUGUUCGUCAGUAGACAUUGAAUCAUCUAAAACAACCUCAGAAACUCAGGGACCUACACAGCUCACUCACAAAGGCAAUGAAGAGACUUUGGAGACUGGCUGCACAGUGAAUACCAGCCUGUCUGUCCUCAUCACAGCCCAGGCUCCCCCAUCUGAAGUUAAUGAACAUCUCCCCCAGCAUUCAAGUCAAGCGGAAGAGAUUUCCAGCAGCGUCGACAGUCUGUUUAUCACUAAAUUGCAAAAGAUCACAACUGCAGACCAGACUGAACCCUCAGAAGAAAACACCAGCACUGAGAACUUUCCAGAACUGCAGAGUUAGACUCCUAAGAAGCCUCAUUACAUGACAGUGCUAGAAAUGCGAGCUAGAAACCCAGUGCCCCCUCCUCAUACGUUUAAGACCAAUGUGUUACCCACACAACAGAGUGACUCACCAAGUCAUUGUCAGAGGGCUCAGUCUCCUGCUUCCUCAGAAGAGCAGCUAUGCAGGGCUAGGCAGCAUCUUGAUGAUGUCACAGCAGCUCGCCUUCUUUUGCUCCACCCCCAGCCUGCACAGCUGCUCUCCAUAGAAGAGUCGCUGGCUCUGCAGAAAGAGCAGAAGCAGAAUUAUGAGGAGAUGCGGGCAAAGCUCGCAGCACAGAAACUAGCCGAGAGACUGAAUAUUACAAUGCAGAGCUACAAUCCAGAAGGGGAGUCUUCAGGGAAAUACCGAGAAGUGAGGGAUGAAGAUGAUGCCCAGUCCUCAGAUGAAUGCUGA